GGAAUUUUUUUCUUCGCUUGUCACUUUAGUUUUGCUGCAUUCAAUUUAUCUUAUUUUCUGUAUUCAUUUUAAUUAUUGUUUAUUUGCAAAAAAAAAGUAUUCAAUUCCAAUCACAAAUUGUUUUUGUGCACAAAAUUACUGAAUAAAAUCUAAAAAAAGAGGAGGGAAAGAAUUGUUUGCGAUAUCUAUAACAAAGAAGAUUUUUUUUAUUUUUGAUCACUUUACGAAACAAACACAAUGUCGGUGCCUUCUGGAUCAAACGAAAGCAACAGCACAAUUGGCGGUCAAAAUCCAUCGCAAAAACGAUUGCAAAAGACACAGGCCCAAGUCGAUGAAGUGGUUGGCAUAAUGCGUGUCAAUGUGGAAAAAGUGUUGGAACGUGAUCAAAAAUUAACGGAACUCGAUCAACGCGCCGACGCCUUACAAACUGGUGCAUCACAAUUCGAACAACAAGCCGGCAAGUUGAAACGAAAACAAUGGUGGGCCAACAUGAAAAUGAUGAUCGUCAUGGGAUGCAUUGGUGUCUUUCUGGUCAUCAUUAUAAUCGUAUCGUUAUGGCCAAGUGGAAGCUCAUCCGGGGAAAUUAAAAACUCACAAACACCAAAUUGAACUGCAGAACAACACAAAACCAUCAUUCUAAAAACCGAAAGCGAACAACAAUAGGACUUUUGAGUUGAUCCAACGAUAUAGCACAUUCUAAAUUCAAUCAAUUCCAAUAAAUAUUUUUUCUUCUUUUUGUUGGUUUUUCAGAUCUAAGCUAAUUUUUUUUUUUUUUUUUUUUCAAUUUUGUUACAAUUUUUUUUAGUUAAAUAAAUACCAUUUGCAGUUGUAUUUAAUAAUUCUCGAAAAAAUACACUACCGAUUUUGAAAAAUGUGCCUGAAUAAAUUUUUUGAAUUUUUGUUACGAUAAAAAUUUAAUCAUACAUAAAAUGAUUAUUUUUAUACGCACAUUUUACUACGAUUUUGUAGAGGGAAAAAUGAUUUUCUUUAAAUAAAAAAAGAGUAUAUUUUUUGCGGUCUCAAAAGCAGA